GGUUGUGUUUCUGUCAAACUUGCAUAAAGGUUGGUGCCAUCAGCUUUGUUGUUGGCAUCACGGUGGGUUUUACCCUGAAGAAAUGGCUGCGCUGAUUGAUGGGCUGCUAGGCUGCUCAAGAGAAUCAAGGAUGAUAACUAUCUAGUGCAGACUCAAGUUUUGCUCACAAGCAUGCUCUAGUUACUCUUUUGCCUUGAACCUCUUUGACUGCUUGGAUUAACUGGAUCAGUACAAGCUAGUGUUUCGUAAAUCUCUUUUUAGGGGAUUUGCACUAGCGAUUGUGGUAUGUGCAGAUCCUCUCUUGCUGAUCGUGAAUCUAUGGUGAUGUUGUGUGGUCCCCUCCCUUAGCACCGGCAGGCGGCAGAUGGUGUCCACUUUGUGGCUCUUUCUUGGCUCCAGUAAAGGCAUCGUUAGUGGGUUCAAUCAAGAAAGAAAAAGUAAACCACCUAGAGUCCUUGAGUCGUUUGUCCAAAUAAACAAAGAUGAGCAUCAGACUUGUUCAUCUCUUUUCUCUUCCAGACAUCACAAAAGCUCACCAACCACCAACUUUUUGCUUCAAACCUAAGAAAAUAAAUUCCCACGCCACAGAGUUCCACAGCCCGGCUUCUUCGAACAGGUUUCACCCAUGCUAGCUGUGGGAAAUCAAGAAAUCUCAAGAUUUUGUUCGUUCCAUUCUUCUCACAAGAGCAAAUUUUAUCUUGGUCGCUUUUGUUCGUUGUUCCUUUUCUGUUGCCACUUAUUGAAAUGAUACUGUGGCGUUACGUGCCUAUGUUCAGGUAUAUAUUUGAUCUCAAUGUUCUGCACCUCUGGAUCUAUAUAUAACACAGUGGGUGUUAUUCUUUUGUUCACCUGAUUGACAACCUCGUAUCAUCUAUAUAUUGCUGGCACAGCAGGCUAGCAGCAGCAUUCUUUCCUCUUGAUGAUUGUACGGUAAUUUUCUAUUAUCUCUUCUGAUUCAAGCGUGCGCUCAGUUUUGUGAGAUCUUAAAAGUAGCGAUGGGCUGUCCAUUGACCACAGCAAACCUCUUCAAGAUGAUCACCGUUGAUCCUUAUUGUUGACCUUUUUUCUGCCUCAUUAGAAGACUGCUUUCUAAGCAUCCAAUCUUCACCAUUCUCCGAAAUAAUUCACCUGGUGUUUUUGGUGGAUCUCUGGCCCUGAAUUUAUCUUUUCUAUGGCGACCGUACUAGAAUCUUUGCUUGGAUCAUGUGCCAAUAAGUUGAAAGAUAUCAUUACUAACGAGGCCAUACUAAUCCUUGGGGUGGAAGAAGAGCUUGCAGAAGUGCUCCGACAAGUAGAGCUAAUACAGUGUUGCAUAUAUGAUUCUGAAAAGAGGAGGACAAAAGAGCUAGCAGUGAACAAUUGCCUUGGUCAACGGAGAGAUGUUAUGUAUGCUGUUGACGAAAUCAUGGACGUGGCUAGAUGUAAAGGAAUCAAGCUACUGUAUGGCCAUCCUUCAUCAUCAUCAAGCAAAUCAGCUGCAUGUAAAGGCAUUCAAGUUUCCUCUUGCUUUUGUAACAUCGGGUCACGUCAUGAUGUAGCUGUUCGGAUUAGAAGCCUCAACAAAAAGAUAGAGAAUAUUUCAAAGGACAAGAUAUUUUUAACAUUCAACAAUAGUACACAACCUACUCAAAAUGGUCCAACAUCCAAACUGAUAAGAGGUUCCAAUCUUGUUGAGCCCAACCUUGUGGGAAAGGAGAUCAUGCAUUCUAGCAGGAAGUUGAUGGACUUAGUUCAUUCACACAAGGAAAAUAAGUCUUACAAGAUCGCUAUUGUUGGAACUGGAGGAGUUGGUAAGACAACUCUAGCUCAGAAAAUAUACAAUGACCAAAAAAUAAAAGGAAGCUUCAAGCUACAUGCAUGGAUUUGUGUUACUCGAGACUAUAAUGAAGCUACUCUUCUUAAAGAGGUUCUCCGUAAUAUUGGUGUGCAUCAUGAGCAAGGUGAAACAAUAGCCGAGCUGCAUAGAAAACUUGCAGAAACAUUUGAAGGGAAGAGUUUCUUUCUGGUUCUAGAUGAUGUGUGGCAAUCCAAUGUAUGGACGGAUUUAUUAAGACCUCCAUUACAUAAGACAACUGCUGGAGUAAUAUUAGUAACCACACGAGAUGAUCAAAUUGCAAUGAGAAUAGGUGUGGACUAUACCCAUCGAGUUGAUCUCAUGUCAGUAGAGGCGGGAUGGGAACUACUUUGGAAGAGCAUAAGCAUUGAAAAAGAAAAGGAAGUGCAGAAUUUACGAAAAACAGGAAUUGAGAUUGUUCGUAAAUGUGGUCACCUCACCCUGGCAAUUAAGGUUAGCGCUCGUGCUUUGGCAAGUAGAGAUCUAACAGAGAAUGAGUGGAGAAAGUUUUUGGGCAAACAUGUUGGCUCCCAGAGCAUGCUCUCGGAUGAAAUACAAGGAGUUCUGUAUCUAAGCUAUGAUGAAUUAGAACAUCGUCUGAAGCAGUGUUUCCUUUACUGUGCUUUGUAUACUGAAGAUUCUAUCAUUGACCGUGAUGUAGUUACCAAGUUAUGGAUUGCUGAAGGCUUUGUCGAGGAGCAACAUGGCCAACUACUAGAAGACAUAGCCGAAGAGUACUACUACGAGCUAAUCCAUCAGAAUCUCAUCCAACCAGAUGGAACAUAUUUUGAUAUGACUUAUUGCAAAAUGCAUGACCUCUUAAGACAGCUUGCCUUAAAUAUAUCAAAAGAAGAAUGCUUUAUUGGAGAUAUUGAAACAUUAAGGGGUGAUAAUAUGUCAAAACUUCGACGUGUUACCAUUGUGACUAAGAAGGACAAACUGGUAUUACCUAGCAUGGAUAAGAUAGAAAUUAAGGUGAGGACUUUGAUAACGGUCCCUGGUCCAAGGAGCAUUGAGGAUACAUUGUUCAAGAGAUUUCUGCUUCUUCGUGUUUUGGUACUAAAUUACUCAAUUGUACAAAGCAUUCCAGAUUAUAUUGGAAAAUUGAUACAUCUACGCCUACUUGAUCUAGAUUAUACUGGUAUAUCAUGUGUUCCGGAAUCCAUUGGAUCUCUAAAGAACCUUCAAGUAUUGAGCUUGGAAUGCUGUGGUGCUCUACACAGUCUUCCUCUGGCAAUGACCCAGUUGUGCAAUUUAAGAUGUCUUGAUCUUUCUGGUACAGAAAUAAAUCAGGUUCCAAAAGGGAUAGGGAAACUGAAGUUCCUCACUGAAUUGCGAGGAUUUCCUGUUGGUGAUGGAAGUGACAAUGCUGAUGUACAAGAUGAAUGGAAGUUGGAAGAGUUAUCUUCUUUGUCACAAAUGAGGUAUCUUUUUCUUGUUAAAUUGGAAAGAGUGGCUCAUUGUAGUGCAAAUACACUGCUAACAGACAAAAAACAUUUAAAAGACCUAAAACUAGAGUGGACAAAAUCUAGAUGGGGAUCAUAUUCAGAAGAAGAUGUUAGGCAUAUUGAGGUGGUCUUUGAGCAUCUAGUACCUCCAAGUAACCUGGAAAACCUAUAUAUUUUUGGAUUCUUUGGUCGGCGGUAUGCCACCUGGUUUGGUACCACCUGUUUGUCUUCAUUAAUACACUUGAUCCUCAAAGAUGUACGAUCAUGUGUGCAUCUUCCACCUAUUGGGAAGCUACCCAACUUGAAAUAUCUGAGAAUUGAGGGUGCAGAUGCAGUUACCAAGGUUGGACCUGGAUUUGUUGGCUGCAGGAAUGGUGACCCAUUGUGCAAUGAGUUAGUUGCUUUUCCUAAACUUGAAUGGUUGGCCCUCAAGCAUAUGCCCAACUGGGAGGAGUGGUCUUUUUUUGAAGAAAAAGGAAAAGCAGAAGUUUCUGACGAUGAAGCUGAGAUUCGAAAAGAAGAUGCCCAAUCUGCAAGGUUGCAAGUGCUGCCUCGUUUGGUGCUGUUGAAACUUGAAGGUUGCCCAAAGUUGCGGACUCUUCCACAGCAGCUUGGAGAGGACAGUGCUAGCUUGAAGUACCUCGAAUUAAUUGGACUAAACAACUUGAAUGAUGUGGAGGACCUCCCAAUGCUCUCUGAGCUUCUCCUAAUUGAGAAAUGCGAAGGCCUGAAGAGGGUAUCCAACCUCCCUCAAGUGACAGACCUGCGUGUGCUUGGUUGUCUGAACUUAAGCCAUGUAGAGGGAUUGGGCAGUUUGCAGAAGCUGGGACUAGGCGAGGAUAUGCAAGAGAGCUCUUCACGCUGGGUGGUUGGUCUUCAAAACCAGCACCAACAACUUCAUGGUGAAGACCUGGAUGUCUACACGUUGGCUACCAGUUACUCCCUCCGUUCCUAA